AUGCCGGAGCAGGCGUCAAAGAAACCGCCAUCAGAGCAUGGCCGUGAGUCGGCCCUAGAUCCUGCCCCCCCGGCAAGCAAGCGGCGACGCAUCGGUCUGGCAUGCAAUGCCUGCCGUGUGCGCAAGUCCAGAUGCGAUGGCCACCGGCCUUCGUGCUCGUCCUGCACGUCGCUCGGGCUCGAGUGUUUAUACGAACCCAGUGAAUCUGCGACCAAUGUCAUUGUACGCAAAGGUUACGUGUCUGACCUGGAACAGCGCGUGACGUCGCUCGAACACAAGUUGCAGCGGCUCAAUGAUGCGUUCAGGGGCCAUCUCUCGCCGUGCCCUAACAAUCGCCCAUGCCACUCCACGAGCAGCACCCCUGCGCUGGUAGCUGCGACGUGUGCGAAAGAGACUCAUGCUACCGGGCUGGAAGAGCCCCAGGACGAAGAUGCGUCUACCAAUGGCAUGGCCAUGACCUUCGUCGAAGAGCAGAGUUCGGCUUUCUUUGGCGAGUCCUCCAACAUUAACUUCACACAGUUGCUUCUUCGAGGCAUAGCUGCUGUGCAUCAACCCUCACCAGCCGUAGCAUCCGCUGUAGACAAGGACUAUGCUCUUCGGGAAAGCAUCACCGCUAUUGUCUCUCAGGGCCAGCCUUACCAUCCAGUUGCGGCACCAUCAACUCACCUGGACUCAUCCCCUACUACUUUGCCGUCGGUGGAAGAAAUGGACUCUUUGCUUGACAUCUACUUUGACACAGCUGGCGCCGUCUUUCCAUUUAUCCAUGAAGAUACCAUGAGGAAAACAUAUACAGAGUGCAGGCUCAACGGCUUUACCAGAGCUCGCCGAACCUGGUUAGGGACCCUAAACAUGAUGUUCGCCAUGGCCAGCAGCUUCGACAGAGACCAUGUUCCAUCCGCUAAGAAGCGCUUCGAGAGAUCCAACAUCUUUUACAAGAGGGCGCAGGAACUGUGUAGCGAUCUGUCGAGACGUGUCAUCAGCCUGGAGAUGGUCCAUUAUCUGCUCCUCGUCGUCAUCCACUGCCAGGGGACUCAGCGUUCAGUGCAGGCCUGGAACAAUCACGGGCUGGUCAUCCGGUCCGCUAUAGCGUUAGGACUCCAUAGUGACUCUAACGGUCAGGCUGUCGACCCCGUCAACGAAGAAUAUCACCGUAGAACCUGGGCAGUCAUAUACUGCCUCGACAAGGUCCUGAGCGUGGCCUUUGGCAGGCCAGCAAGCAUCCCAGAUGAACUGAUGACCGGACGCGAGCCAGCGUCUGGAUUGUCUACCACUGCUUCCAGUGGCCCCCACGGUAACGUUGACUUACCUGGCGAAUUCCUCGCUGUGUCCUUCCGGCUGUAUCAGGUGAUGGCCAAAUCCCUGAUUAAUCAGUACGGGGCGAACCUCGAGAAGGCCAACUCGAACCUGGACGACAUCGCUUCGCUCAAAGCCUCCGGAGAACUCCGGAAAAUGCUUCAAGACUGGGCGACGAGCUUGCCAUCAUACUUAAGUCCCUGCGAGCCGGAAUCUGGCAUACUUUCACAGAAUACUCCGGCCAAUCGGUUUCGGGUCAUUCUCACGCUUAGAUAUUACAACCUUGCCAUUCUCAUACACAAACCGUUACUUAGAGCUACAAUACGUCACCUGUUCCGGGUGGACAAUGCGGCCAGUGGAAGCCCAUCGUAUUUGAUCCAGCUGGCUAUGGCAGAGGCCCACGAAUGCGUUCGGGCUGCACAGCUCACGAUUGCAAUUGUUCAUUGCAUUAUCAGCGCGGAUGCAAAGAGUAAGAAUAAUCUUGGGGCGUGGUCUUUCACGCUUUACUACGUCUUCACUGCCUCACUGGUCAUCUGCGGCCGGUUACUGUGGGCACAGCAUGGAGAGACUGUAGCGGACGAAGCAGCGGUCAAAGACUCCAAGACUCUACUUAGUAAGGCAGAAGCGAUAUUCCAGGACCUAGACUACGAAAACAGUCUGGUUCUGAGUUGCCUUGAAUACAUCCGCAGACUUGCCAGAAUGUGCGGUGUCAAAGGAGCUGCACCAAAUCCAUCUGAGAGCCGCACCGGUACUGGCUCGGCCUUGGAUCCGGUAGUGUUUAGUAGCGAAUCCACUUUUGAUCCUGCCAGUGUGUUCCACAACAGAGACGACAUGGAGGCAUUCCAGCUUUUCUCAUCUGAAAUGUUCGACCCCUGUAUCUUUGAGGGCUUCCAACAGUCACCGGUCGAGGGGGCUGCGUUGGGGAAUGGCUUUUGGGAUGGCUCUCCUCCCAUAGAAUCCACGCUGGCUGCUGGCGGGGCAGCGUUAGAAAUCAAUCGAAACUCCCUGCAGUUCUCCCUUAAAAUUCCCCAGCAAAUUGUUCAUUGGCAAAGCCGGAAAGAUAGCGAAAGUAGCAAGUUUCCUGUCCGGGCUUAUCUCCCCGCCGCCCCCACGCUACGGAAGAUCUUCCACUACCCCGUCAUGUCGUCCAACUCUGCGCCCAACGAGCUGACCCAGCUUCCCUUAGACGAGGACGCCCGACCCCGCUACAGUGACGCCGAGUUGCGCGACUACUUCGAGUGUAUCAAGCUCCCACAAAAGUACCUAGACUCGAUCGUGCUGAAAGACAAGACACAGACUGGAACCAAAGAGUAUGGGCUUCCCUUGCUACAGGCCCUUACACGGUACCACACUUGCCACGUCCCUUUCGACAAUCUCGUCUUGCACUAUUCCCCACACAAGACCGUCACGCUGGACCAGGCGGAGCUCUACACGAAGAUAGUCCGCCGGCGGCUCGGCGGGCGAUGUAUGGAAAACAACACCUUUUUCGGGACGGUCCUUCGCUCGCUCGGCUAUGAAGUGCGCAACUGCGGAGGCCGCGUCGCGCGGGCAAUGAGUCCCUACCCUGAUGUUCGACAUAAUCAGAGCGCGACUUAUGACGGGUGGAACCAUAUGCUUAAUCUUGUGCGCCUCGACGACGAGUGGUACGUCGUCGAUGUGGGGAUGGGCUCCAUGGGCCCUAACCUUCCAUAUCCGCUGCGCGAUGGAUUCGAGACGACUAGCAUCCCUCCACGCUGGAUUCGUUUGCAGUUACGGUCCAUACCCGAGUCGUACGCGUCCAGAUCCGCCAAUAGUACGGGACCGCCCAAGAUGUGGUGCUACGAUGUCUGCUACAAGCCCGGUGAUGACGGCAAGAAAACGUGGCUGCCGGUCUAUUGCUUCACGGAGACAGAGUUUCUGCCCCAGGAUUACGAAGUCAUGUCGUGGUUCACGUCGACAAACCCGAGGUCCUUCUUCACCAGAUACAUCACCUGCACGAAGAUGCUCAUGGACGAGGACAAGGAGAUGAUAGUGGGCAAUGUCACCUUGUUCAAGGACACCGUGAGGAAGUCCAUUGGCGCCAACCGCGAGGUAAUCAAGGAGUGUAAGACGGAAGAUGAGCGUUUGCAGGCGCUGGCUGAAAUCUUCAACGUGUAUCUGACAGAGGAGGAGAAAAGAGGGAUUUCAGAGGAUCAGAUGUUAGCGUAA